AAUACUAAAUAAUAAUAAUAAUAAUAAUAAUAAUACACCACCUUCGUCUCCUCUCCACCACCUCUCUUCUUCUAAAUCCCAAUCCAAAUCCCCCAAUUCCUCAAACCCUAACCCUAAUUACCUUGUUUAAAGAGACUACCAGGGAAGAGACCAUCACCAUCCACUCACCUGCGAUGUCAACGGACACGGCCAGAAGCUCGACGGAGUCGGAGGUCUCCGGCUUGGACUACGAGGAGACUGAGCUCAAGCUUGGACUACCCGGUGGGGCGAGGAACGGCGCUGCCGGAUCAGAGACGGAGAGGAAGCGUGGGUUCUCUGAGACUGUUGAUCUAACCCUUGGUGGUUCUGCCUCGCAAUCAGCGGACUCCGCUGGUGCUCAGGCGUCAGCCGCCGAGAAGCCCCCUGCCGCCAAGGCGCGAGCGGUUGGGUGGCCGCCGGUCAGGAACUUCAGGAAGAAUGCGCUGAAGAGCUGCACGUACGUGAAGGUGGCCGUUGACGGAGCGCCGUACCUCCGGAAGGUUGACCUGGAGAUGUACGGAGGAUAUGAACAGCUGCUGGCCGCCCUACAGGACAUGUUCUCUUGCUUCACUAUCCGUGAUUAUCAGACUGAGAAGAGGCUGGUGGAUCCAGUGAACGGGACGGAGUAUGUGCCUACCUAUGAAGACAAGGACGGUGACUGGAUGCUGGUCGGUGAUGUCCCUUGGAAAAUGUUUGUGGCAUCAUGCAAGCGCAUUCGGUUGAUGAAAAGCUCAGAGGCUGUCAAUUUAGCUCCCAGAGGUACCCCUGGAUGCACAAACUCAAAGUGAAACAGGGAGCUAUCUUCAGUUGUUGGCACAAGACCACGUUGUACAGAGUUGUGCUUCCAUUUUCUUUUGUUUGUUUUGGAACUCUGUCAGGUUUCCUGGGUAGCAGAAAUAAGCUAUUAUUGUAUUGUAGUGACCAUAAUUAAUUGUGUUUUGGUUGAGAAAUAUGAAUACAUACAUUAUAGUUAAUCAAGUUUGUGUGUGUUAUCAAUAAAACUGCUGCCAUGUAUGUGUAAUUCUAAGUGGAUAUCUAUUUAUGUUACCUUUAAUAAUGA